AUGCUGGGAAAGCGUCUCCUCUCCGCCGCCCUCGUCGGUGCCUACGCCGCCCUCGUCGCCGAGUGCGCCCCCCCGCUACCUCACGACCCCCGAGACGCACCCAUCGUUCCCAGCCAGGACCCUUUCUACUCCGUGCCCUCCGACAUCCCCUCGUCCCGCCCCGGCGACAUCCUGCGCCACCGCGCGCCCCCGGCCUCCAUCGCCGCCUUUGGCCUCGACCCCGUGCACCUCGCCGGCUCCUACCAACUCCAGUACCGCACCGCGGACAAUCUCGGCAACGCGACCGCGACCGUGCUGACAGUGCUGGUGCCGCACGACGCUAACUUUGGCCGGGUGCUGUCGUACCAGGUCGCCGAGGACUCGGCGUCGCCCGACUGCGCGCCGUCGUACGGUCUGCAGCGGGCCUCCGCGGAGGGCACCGUGCUCACGCAGGCCGAGCUGCUGCCCGUCGAGGCUGCGCUCGAGCAGGGCUGGGUCGUGGUGCUGCCGGACUACGAGGGGCCGGAGGCGCUGUACCUCGCGCACCGACUCGCCGGGCAGGCCGUACUCGACGGCAUCCGCGCGGCGCUGCGCUCGGGUAACUUGACGGGCAUCGAGGCGGACGCGACGGUGGCCAUGUGGGGGUACUCGGCGGGCAGCAUGGCGACGACGUGGGCGGCCGAGCUGCAGCCAAGCUACGCGCCGGAGCUGCGCAUCGCCGGCGCCGCGAUCGGCGGUACCACGCCUAAUAUCACAAACGUGGUCACAGCGACCAACGGCGGGCCGCUCGCCGGACUCAUCGCGACGGGCAUCAACGGCCUGUCGCAUCAAUACGCGGCGCUCAAGACGGUGGUCGACAAGCAGCUCAAGCCCGCGGAUCGUGCGGAUUUUGACGCCACACGGCGGCAGUGUCUGCUCGCCGACAUUGAGAUGUUCAUGUUCCGCGACGUCAUGGGCAUGUUUGAGGACCCGCGGUUCGUGUACACGGAUCCGGUGGCGGUGGGUAUCCUGGAAGAGGUUUCGCUCGGGCACGCGGCACCGCGCAUUCCCCUGUACUGGUACAAGUCAGUGCACGACGAGGUGAGUCCUGUCGCAGAUUCGGACGCGCUGUACGACAAGUACUGCGCGGGCGGCGCGACCGUCGAGUACGUCCGCGACGAGGCGUCAGAGCACGGCAGCGCCAUGGCUACGGGCGCACCGCGCGCGCUCGCGUGGUUGAAGCGGAUCAUGGAGGGCGAGGCGCCCAAACCUGGGUGCUCGAGGGAGACGACCCUCUCCUCGUUGUUGAAUAUGGCCACGGUGGAGGUUGUGCCAAAGUUCAUCCUGGAUGCGCUCUUGGACUUGGUGGGCAAGCCUGUUGGGUCAUUCAUGUUUGGCUAG